GCACUUCCGCCUUCCGCUGUUGCGCAAGAGUUUGAUCACGCCGUCGGUUUGGCUGCGUGAAACAAACAGAAAUGGUCGUCAUCAUAAUAUCUUAAACUUCGUUCAGAAUAAUUUUUUACAGUCUUCUUUCAGUGUUUUAACAAUGUCGUCGGUCGUGAACACGGCACACGCAGAGAGCAACGGGAAGGAGAUAGGGGAUCAGGGACAUCCUCGUGUGCUCAUCCCAGAGCUUUGCAGACUCUUCUAUGAGUUGGGCUGGGUGACAGGAACCGGGGGAGGAAUAAGCCUGCGGCAUGGUGAGCACAUUUAUAUAGCUCCCUCAGGUGUUCAGAAGGAGAGAAUACAACCAGAGGACUUGUUUGUUUGUGACAUUGAUGAGAAAGACAUCAGUUGUCCACCUCCACAGAAGAAGCUGAAGAAAAGUCAAUGCACACCCCUCUUCAUGAACGCCUACACUAUGAGAGGAGCUCAGGCAGUUAUCCAUACACACUCAAAGUCUGCUGUCAUGGCAACUCUCAUGUUUCCUGGCAAGGAAUUCCGCAUCACACAUCAAGAGAUGAUUAAGGGGAUUCGGAAAGGAAACUCAGGCACAAACUACAGGUAUGAUGAAACUCUAGUUGUUCCAAUUAUUGAGAACACCCCAGAGGAGAAGGACCUAAAAGAGCGCAUGGCCAGAGCCAUGGACAUGUAUCCCGACUCCUGCGCCGUUCUCGUCCGCAGACACGGCGUCUAUGUCUGGGGAGAGACCUGGGAGAAAGCAAAGACAAUGUGUGAAUGUUAUGACUACUUAUUUGACAUAGCUGUUCAGAUGAAACAAUGUGGCCUGGACCCUGCUGCUCUUCCCACUGAAGAUAAAGGCAUUGUUUGACAUAUCUGAGUCUGUACAAUUAACUACUGUUACCAUAUUUUUUUUUAAUGAUAAAUCCUCAUUGAUGUUUUUUUUUUUAAAUAAAUGUACAGUUCAGCAUUUGCCA